AUGAAGAUAGAUAGAAAGGGCUGUGUUUUGCUUGCUCGACAAUACAGUCAGCGUGCUAAGUCGGUGUCUAUUCAAAGUAGCAUCCAAGUUCCACCGAAUUCCAGAGUAUUCUCACUUGUUCAGCCAACCGGGAAAAUUCAUCUAGGAAACUACUUGGGAGCUUUACGUAACUGGAAAGAAAUCUCCAAUAGUGACUCUCCCGGAACUGAGUUUAUCUUCGGGACUGCUGAUUUGCAUUCCAUUACGAUACCUUAUGAUCCAAAAGAAUUAAAGCAGUUUAGAUACGAAGCCAUAGCCGGGAUAUUAUCUAGUGGGAUCGAUGCAUCAAAGUGUACUGUUUACCAUCAGUCAUCAGUCCCGGAGCAUUGUGAGCUCAACUGGAUUUUGACUUGCUUAACCAGUAUAGGAGCAUUGAAUAGAAUGACCCAGUGGAAGCUGAAAACAAAAAUUGAACAGAAUGAUUCAAUUUUUGAUGAUGAAAUAAUGGGUAAAACUAAGGCAGGUUUGCUUUGCUAUCCGAUUCUUCAAGCAGCCGAUAUCUUAUUAUACAAAAGUACCCAUGUGCCAGUUGGGGACGAUCAAAGUCAACCAUUAGAAUUAUGUCGUGAUAUUGCUAAUACUUUCAAUAACCGAUUUCAAAGCGGGUUUUUCCCCCUUCCUCAGACACUAUUAACCCCGGCGAAAAAGAUAUUGGCCUUGAGAAACCCGGUGAAGAAGAUGUCCAAAUCAGAUAAGGAUCAAAGUCUGUCAUUGUACAUGACCGAAUCGCCGGAAAGCAUUGCUAAAAAAAUUCGUAAGGCGCAAACCGAUUCUAUCCAGGGUAAAAUCUACUUUGACCCUGAAAACAGACCGGGGGUUUCGAACUUAAUCAAUAUCAUAUCCGGAUUAACCCAAAAGUCCAUUGACGAUACCGUCACAGACUUGGAAUGGAUCCAAGAUCAUAAACAGUUGAAAGAUCAUGUCACCGACUUGAUAGUAGAAGAGUUCAGCGAAAGCAGACACACGUUCAACCAGUUAAUGGGCGAUUUGGCCCACAUCGAUAGAAUCUGCCAGCAAGGAACUGAAAAGGCCAGAGCCAUUGCUUCCCAGAACAUUCGUGAUAUCAAAAAACUUACUGGUUUAGAUUAA